GUGCUGUUUUAGAAAACUAGCCUCUAACCAAGAAUAAAAAUUGUUGUCAGAAUAAUAUGCGAACAGAUCAUGAAGAACUCUGUGGCACCAGUUAUGGACCUUUUUGCCUAAAUGGCGGGAUUUGUUAUAUGAUCCCUACUGUAUCCAGUCCAUUUUGCAGGUGUAUUGAGAACUAUACAGGAGCCCGUUGUGAAGAAGUUUUGCUACCUAGUCUCAAGACCCAAAUUAAAAGUGAACCGUUUGCAGCUUUCUUGGCUUCGGUGGUUGUUCUAGGAAUUCUUGUAAUUGGAACAUUCUACUUCCUUUGCAGGAAGGCCCACAUUCGAAGGGCCAGCUCAACAGAGCGUAGUGCCAGCCUGGUUGAGACUACCAGCAGCAAUGGCUGCAACAGUGAGUACAUCUGA